AUUGCCAUAUGCAUCGGGUGCAACCGGGCGAUAUUACGUAAUUUCGUAAUUUCAAUUCAACGUCAUCGUGCUGAGCCGCCGAAGCUGACCGGUCGUGUAUUUAGUUUCUCUAUCCAAAUCGUACGAAACUUGUAAAAGUGGUCAUAGGGUAUGAUGGCCCUUCGAUAUCUCAGAAAUGGGUUUCGUAGACCAUGGAUGACAUUAUCAAUUCUUGGUGGAGCUGGAGGGGCAGGUGUUGCCAUAGCAACAGACCAAGGCUACAUUGACUGGUCAUCUGUUGGGGUUGUUAGAUUUGGUCGUGCUUUCUUUUCAGCAGGUGCAAUUGUAGUGGACUAUAAAUGGAACAUGAGAGGAAAGGAGUCUGGUUCUACAGAGUACAAAGAGAUGAUGUCAACUAUUCACAAGCGGUCAGCUAAGAGACUACACAGACUGUGUUGUAAGAAUGGAGGGAUUUUCAUCAAGUUGGGUCAACACGUCGGUGCUCUUGAUUAUCUCUUGCCUGAGGAAUAUGUCAGUACAAUGAAGGUUUUACACAAUGAUGCUCCACAGUCAUCUCUCAAGGAUAUCAAGAAGGUUGUUGCAGAGGACCUAGGGAUACCGGUGGAUGAUUUGUUCAGUGAUUUUUCUGAAGAGCCAGUAGGUACUGCUUCUUUGGCCCAGGUCCACACAGCUCUGCUUAAGAAUGGGACUAAGGUAGCAGUCAAAGUCCAGCAUCCCAAUGUUAAAUCCUACUCUGAGGUGGACAUGAGAACAGUGGAGUUUCUGCUGAAUGCUGUUGCUCGAAUCUUCCCUGAAUUUGAAUUACUCUGGCUUGCACAAGAAAUGAGAGAGAAGCUUCCAAUGGAGUUAGACUUUGUCCAAGAAGGAAAGAAUGCAGAAAAGGUGGCUCAAAUGCUAAAUCAUUUUAAAUUCCUAAAGGUUCCUGAUAUUUAUUGGCAACAGUCUACAUCACGAGUGUUAACCAUGGAAUACUGCAAUGGAGGCAAGGUAGAUAACAAGGAAUAUAUGGAUCAGAUGGGCAUUGAUGUCAAUCAGAUCACCAAGAAUCUUGGUAAGAUGUAUAGUGAGAUGAUAUUUGUGAAUGGAUAUGUUCACUGUGAUCCUCAUCCAGGUAACGUUCUCAUACGACACAAUGACAAGAAAGAAGUAGAGAUAGUUCUACUAGAUCAUGGUCUUUAUCAGACACUGACAGAUGAUUUUCGUCUGGAUUACUCCCGUCUAUGGCAGUCUAUCUUAGCAGCUGAUCUCGAGGGUAUCAAACAUUAUAGUAUGGCAUUAGGGGCUGGUCAAAUGUAUGGUAUCUUUGCUUGUAUGCUGACUGCUAGAUCAUGGGAUUCAUUGGCUGUUGGUAUUGACAAGAAACAAAGGUCUGCUCAAGAGGAUCGUGAGGUUCGCGAGCAUGCAGCCCAGUACAUCUCAGAAAUCACUAAACUCCUAAACAUGGUACCAAGACAGAUGCUGCUCCUCCUCAAGACCAAUGACUUACUACGUAGUAUUGAAUAUGCAUUGGGGAGCAGCGAGAGUGCCAGUUCGUUCAUCAACAUGUCCAGAUGUUGUGUACGCUCUGUAGCUCACCAUAAAGCAUUACAGAAAACCACUAGAUGGGGUCGUCUUAUGGUUCAUGUGCGACGAGAUGUUAAACUUCUUCAGAUAUCAGCUUAUGAGAUGUACCUUUGGCUGAUGUGUUCAUCUGUUGUGAGAUGGUUUAGAAGGACAUUUAUAGGUCUAACUACUAUUGCUAUCAGUUGAUGAAGGCUGCGGGUCUUAGUUUUCUAGAUAAAUUUAUGCAAAAAUCAAUGUAUAUUUAUAUGGCAUAUUAUGGAUAAUGAUAUUGCAUGUUAUAGAUAUUUAUAUGACAUAUUUAUAAUUUUUGUAUGAGCAAUGGUUAUCUGCUGAGAUGUAAAGGGCAUUUGCCAAAAGGUGCAAUUCACCUAAAAUCAAUUUGUUUUCAGUGAAAUUAGGAAAAUAAAAGAAAUGUCUUAUUGGAGAUAUGUUUAUGACAUACCAAAGGAUAACAAAAUAUAUACAUUUUUUUAACUGUCCAUUUGCCUUUCUCCUAAUUUUAUUUGAACCAAUAUGAUAGACUUGAGUAAUUCUUAUAUUAAAUAAUGCAGACAUAGAUGUGGAUUCAAAUUUUUUAUUGUUGGAAGAAAUUACAAUAAUACAGAUAUAAUGAACUUAACAGGAAAUCCUAUUUUAAAAAAAUAACUGCCAUAUAUUGCAUUCCAACAUGAAGAAACAAAAGAAAAAUACCAACUUGAAAACAGGAAUUUUCAAAAUAUAAAUGUUUGAAAGUGAAUUUGGUGAAUGUUACAAGUUUUCUUGCCAUAUUUAUCCUCAAUAUAGACUGUUUGGUAAAAUAUUACAUAUUAUAUUUUGCCAGUAAUAUAUUAUACAGUGCAGCCCAGAAAAAAAACAACUAAGAUUUAUCACAACUUAUCACAAAUGUAAUAGAUAAAUGACCUAUCACCGUAAAGCUUAAGAGUCUCCUUCAUCAUCUGAAAUGACUUAGAUUAUUCUUCAUUCCAAUAAUUUCAUAAAAUGAUGAGGUUUUACAGGCUAGCUUUCAGACUUACUUGACACUCCAUUUUGAUGAUCAGCCAGGAAUAAAGUCUUUUGUUAACCACAAUACUGUAUAAAUACUGGAAGCAUUGUUUUGAAGAAACAGAACUUUGUUAUUUCUUAAUAAUUUUCUGUGAUAUUUGUAUUGAAAUAAGGAGCAGAUAAUGAGAUUUUUAGGCAUGUGAUUUUUUUUUAAUUGGAAUUCCUGUCAAAUGACUUAUAGGUUUACUUUCUUCAAAUUGUUUUUGCUCACUCGUGCAUGAAAGAGGAAUAAUCUACGUUAUUUCAGAUGAAAGAGGAAACCACAAGCUUUACAAUGAUAGGUCAUUUGUCUAUUGUAUUUGUGAUUAAGGCAUGAUAAAUCAUCUAUAAAUCUCGGUUUCAUUUUUUUUGGGGGGGGGCACACUUUAUAUCUACUAUUUGACUUAGCAUCUCAUUACACAUAGGGGGUAAAGUGUUUAAGCAAAAGCAUGUGCUGCUGUGUGGUCCUGAUGCCGGAAAUAAUAAGGAACGGGGGGAGUCUGGGGCAUUUCUUGAAACCUUGAUUCCAACAUUUUAGAAAUACUAUGGAAGCAUUUUUUAAAAGGACACUGUACUGCUAUAGGUGCUUUUGCUAUUCAUAUUUUCUAAACAAAGAGGAAAUACAGAUCAAUUUUGUAUUUUCAUCACUAAUGUGUUAAAAUAAUGGAGGAUGGUGUUGGUAUGCAUAAUUUUUUGCAGGAUACAGAUUUUAGGGUAAUGGAUGAGGCCGCUAGAAUGUGUAUGAUUGAGAGAGAUCCACCCUGAAAUUGGAAUUUAGCUGUUUGCAGGUCUGCAGAUUGCAUUUAUUAUGAAGACAACUGAAGGUUGUUCAUGUUGAAUGAAUGUAUAAUUAUAGCAUGAUUCAAGCAGUGGAUAUAGAUUGGCCAGGAGGAUAGGAGGGGUAGUGAUGACAUGCCAUAUUUUAUAAGGCAGUUUGUAAUUUUUUUCACGACUGUAAGCAAGCAUGACUGAUGACCUAAGGGAGUUUCAUGAAAAUCGUCAGCUCUCAAGUUUAGUGCACUUCUUGAAGCACUGGUCUAUGCCUGUUACUAUGGUAACUGUCAGAAGAUACCAACUGUCAGUACUGACAAGCUUCAUAAAAUGCUGCCCUGAUCAUGUGCUAUAUGAGAUGCCGUAAUACCCGUUACAACAUAGUACACGUGAAUUUCCUUUGAUAAUGACUGUGGUAAAAAAAUUUACAGAUUAAAAAAAAUAAUAUGUGAAUGUCAAGAGUUCAAUUAGCCAAAGAGGAAAUCUGAUAUAGCACCUAUGAACAUGUCAACAGUUUUGUGUGAAAUUAUGUGUGACUAAUGAUACAUUACACCUCCUAUGACUAGACCCAAAAAAGAAAUACAAAUGUAUUUUAUCAAAAUCUUUUGGAAAAUUUAUUAGAUUAAUUUGAAUAUUUCAGAAAAUUAAUAUUUUGAACUAUUUUUCCAAGUGACAUUGUGAUUACCAGCGCAGUAACUGAAAAUGAUUUGACAGAUACAUGUGUUAUUGAGCACAGACCCCAAACUUGUGUGCUAACAGGUCUUCAAAACAUAAUGUAAUACACUCUUCAUAUAGUUAUCUGUGAACUAAAUUCUGCUGAGUGGUGUUAAAAAGUAUCAGUGGUAUUCAUUUGACCAAAUAUUUAUUUACGUUUUUAGCAUAAGCUUUGUAAAGACCCACCCAGUUUCUCAUGCUCUAUUAUACAUGCAACUACAUGUACAGUCGUCCUCAAAAUUAUUCAUACCCUUGUUGAUAUUUGUGAUAUUUCAUGUUUGUGAUGAAAUGAAUGCAUUUUAUCAAGUUUCUCUAUGAUUUAUGUGUGACCUACUAGUGAAAGAAUAACAACAAUGCACAAUUCAAGAAAUUUCUCUUUUCAGGGGUAUUUUAUUCAUAGAUAUUCAAACAAUGUCAUGUUCAAAAUUAUUCAUACCCUAGGUUUUCUGAGUCCAAUGUCUUUCAUUAAUAGUCAAUAGCAUAGCCUUUGUUCUUUACGACUGCUUCUAGACGAUUCCUAUAAGUGUCCACAAGCUUCCUGCACGUCUCCUGCGGGAUGUUGGCCCAUUCUUCCUUGGCGUAGGCCUCAAGCUGGGUCAGGUUGGUCGGGUUCCUAGCCAUCACUCUGACUUUCAAGUCUCGCCACAAGUUCUCGAUCGGAUUCAGGUCAGGACUCUAACUUGGCCAUUCUAGGACGUUGACAUCAUGGUCCUUGAACCAUUUCUUCACCAGCUUGGCGGUAUGCUUUGGGUCAUUGUCUUGUUGGUACUUCCAGUUGGGGCCAAGCUGGAGUUUUUCGGCAGAUUCCUUCAAGUUCUCAUCAAGGAUCUGGAUGUAAUCCUCCUUUUUCAUGAUUCCUUUGACUCUAACAAGGUUCCCUGUGCCACUGGAAGAGAAACAUCCCCAUAGCAUUAUGUGCCCACCACCAUGCUUGACGGUUGGCACAGUGUUCUUUGGAUUGUAUGCUUCCCCUUUCUUCCUCCAGACGUAUUCAACAUCCAUAUGGCCAAAUAACUCCAACUUCGUCUCAUCAGACCACAGGAUGGUUGACCAAAAGCUUGGAUUUUGCUUCAGAUGACCUCUAGCAAAGGCCAGUCGAGCCUUCAGGUGUUUCUUCCUGAGCAACGGUGUCUUCCGAGGCCUGCGUCCAUGGAGACCUCCUUUGUGCAAGACUCGCUCGAUGGUGGACCGGGACACCUUCGUCCCUGACCGGUCAAGCGUUUCAAGUAGGGCCUUGGUUGUGGUCCGGGGGUUGUUGUUGACCUCUCUGCAGAUUUUCCUGGCAAGUUUAGGGGACACCUUGCACUUCCUGCCACGCCCACUAAGGUUCUUCACAGUGUUGUACCUCUUGUGCUUCUUGAUUACGCUCUGGACUGUUGCCACAGGGAUGUCAUACUGCUUUGAAAUGGCCUUGUAACCUUUUCCCUCAAUGUGGGCAUUCACAAGACGUUGGCGUAGGUCCUCACUGAGCUCCUUCUUCUUGGCCAUGAUUAUCAGAGACUGAGAAUAACCAGAAUGCUUUCCUCUAUUUAUACCCUUUUAGAAAGAUGUUAUUUUCCAUCAUUUAAUGACUUGUUUAACAAAGAGGGUGUUUAAUUCAUUGGAACAUCUUGAAAUAACUAUAGAACAAAGAAUAGCACAUUCCCAGACUGAAAAUAAUGUGCAUUGUCAUAAAAGGACAUUUUUGUUGAGGUAUUGGCAAGGGUAUGAAUAAUUCUGAACAAGUGCAAAAAAUAACUUUCGACCCUUUCUAUUAUUAUGCUAAUAAAGACUUGCCAGCUCAUAUGUCAAAUCAUGCAUAGCAACAAGCAGACAUAAGAUACAAAGAAAGUUACACCAUAAUAGCUUUUACAAGUAAAAAAUCUACCAAAGAAUUUUUUUUCCUCAAGGGGUAUGAAUAAUUUUGAGGACAACUGUAUGUGCAAUGCAUAUGCACAAGGAUUCAUGCAGGUAUAAUUAAGAUCAAGCAGGCUUUGUUGUCAUUUUUAAAAUCAAUUUAUUUAUUGCAUCCUAUUUGGAAUAGUCUCUAAAUGGAAAUGACAUAAUAGAUGUUAAAACAUGGUAUGCAAUAAAAGAUAAUAAACCUCAGAAA